ACCGGAAGUGAUCUCAUCGCCGCCGCCGAUUUGAACUGGCGGAGCCUCGUUGUGGCGCGGCUGGGACGCCGGAUCUUCACCCUGCAACAGACCCGGAAGGAUGCGCCUGUGAACCGUGCUUGUUCUUCACUCCUAACGGUAAAUUCACCCGACCAGAGCGACAUAUCCCCACCAGGAAUAACCCACACAUCUUUCACGAAGCAGCUGUAUCAACCAGAGAUGGAUCCGAAGAGAAUCGCGGUGAUUUUGGUGACGAUUUGUGCGGCGGGUUUUUCUGCAGCUCAAAAUUCAGUCACCCUUCCUGAUGAUGGCACCACACGAACAAACCUUGGCGAUGAUGCUUUACUGGAGUACGGGUAUACAACCGAAGCUGGUGCCACUAUGCUUUUUGAGGUGUGGAAAAAGGUGCCAUUGAGUGGCAUUGCCAACAAGGCCAAUAAUGGAUCGUUUGAUGUCUUUGCUGGUUAUCGGGGCAGGGUAGAGCCUGUUGGAGAGGCCAGCCUGAGACUAUUCUCUGUCACCAAGGAUGAUGCCGGACAGUACCAGCUCUCUACAACCUUCAGCGAUGGCACCUCGGAUACCAAAGAGAGGACCCUCAUCGUCCAGUUUGCACCAGAGGACACAACAGUCACAGCCACCCCUGGCCUGAUAGCUCAGGAAGGUGUCACCGAGGUGGUGCUUACCUGCCAGGCAGGUGGCAUCCCCGCACCCACCUACACCUGGACAGGUGCUAACCUCCCCUCCGAUGCCGCACAAGACCCCAACACGGGAACCCUGACGCUCACCAACAUCCAGAGAGCCGCAGCAGGCCAGUACACCUGCACAGCUGACAACGGAGUUCCGCAGCUCCCUGGAGACGACCCUACAGCACUGACCAACAGUGUCAACGUCCAGGUCCAAUAUGGUCCCAGCUCUGCCACCAUCACCAGGGACCCAGCAGACAAGGUGGUCCAGUGGAGCACCGUGACCCUCAGCUGUGCCGUGGACACCGCCAACCCUCCCGCCACCUACACCUGGAGCAGGAUCAACGGCACCCUCCCCACCAACACAGACGAGGACAAGGUCGCCGGCACGCUGAGGCUGAGGUCCAUCCAACCCGACGCUGUCGGAACCUACCAGUGCGCUGCGUCCAACGGGAUCGGAAACGCCGUGACUGCCACUCAUGUUAUUGAUGAAGUGGAAGAAGCAACGUUGCCACCACCAACAACGAAGCCACCACCUACAACCACAACAAAACCAGUUACCACGGAAAAAGUUGUGCCCCCGGCACCUCAAACGGGUGGUGGUGCUGAUGGAGCCGUAAUCGCAGGUGUGGUUGCCGUGCUGGUGUUUGUUAUCCUGGUCGCUGCGUUCAUGCUCGGUCGCUACCUCGCACGUCACAAGGGAGACUACAAGACCAAUGAGGAGAAGGGCGAUGGAGAGGAUGCCGACACCGCACUCCAAAACGGAGACCCCAACCACCCAGCAGUCAAGAAGAACAAAGAGUGGUUCAUCUAAGCAACUCUGGACACCCCUCUUAUAUCUCUUAUUUUAGGGCAGUGGCUCUGUCCGAUAGCACUUCCUGUUUCAUUGUAACUCUGGAGGACUGUACCACUUCACACACAGGGACAGUAGUCGCAGUUGUUCGUUUAGAUGGGCUGCCUUAUGCAAUCACCUUUUGUCUCUACACAUUCCUGCUAAUUAUAUCAUCUCACAUUCCUCCAGCUAGUACUUGAGAGGGGGGGGCAGUCCUUUGUGUUCUUCGGCGUACUUUCUGUAUUGCUUCACAGGCAUAUCCUUACAAUCUAUGUAAUUUCUAGAUCUAUUCAAGACUCACAACAGAGGACUGACUCGAGUGUCCGUUUGAUUGAAGACUGUUGAGUGAUAUAUCGCUAGUCAUAACUGGUCAAAGUAAAGAACGCUGACCUCAUCACAUUUGAGAUUUCCUGUGAUGACUUUUCGAGGAUUGCUUGGAUCUACUAAUAAGUGUGUGUAAACAUGUGCCUACUCAACUCUCAGGCAACUAUGUCUUCUCAAUAACACUCCACAUUACAACUGCACAUUUGCUUCUUAAAUGCUUAGAUGUUGCUGACGGUGUUAGGUCCUUCAAAAGCAUACAGCUGUCUUUACUUUGACCAGUUAUACUGCAUGAUUUGUUAUAGUUUAAGGGUCACAUUUCAAGAUGAUUGGGUAAGGUUUGGUGUGUUUUAGAAGGAUUGCUUGAUUUUUAAUGUUUUUAAAAAGAUUUUGAUCAGAGUAUUUGUGAAUUCUGUUGAAGAAUUUUGUUCCUUUGUACUUUUCGCUUUUAUCACCACUUUUCUUCUAACUGCCAAAAUUUAGCCUGUAGUCGUUUGUUGACAGUGAUUUUGAGAAAAUUACCACUUAUGAUUGGGCUGUGAGAAGUUGAGGAGCAGAAUUUUAUUUUUGUACUGUUUGGGAGGUGAAGAGAGUGGCUUGCCGGUUUCCUGUACAAAUGUAUAUAACCUCGGUACCCACACUCCACCCUCCACAAGCAAGAAUUAUUGUCAGAAUCACUCGGUGUAAAAGGUUUUGGAUUAUGUGUCUUUUUGCGUCAUUUUCGUAAAUGUGCUUUAGAGGAAAACAAGAAGUUUUUUGUACACUAGAGUAGGCGGUAAGGCAACUAUGUUAAGGAACGAUUUUCCUUUGCCUAUUGUGUGUUGAUUUUUAAAGCAAUAACCACGAGACUUAGAUCUGUAGUACCCUUCAGGACUGUUAGAGGGAGCUGUUGAAUAUAAUGGUCCAGGAUAGACUUAAGACAGAAUUGUCUCUACUGCUGCAUAUCGUUAAGUUUGUUUCCAGUGUAUAAAAAGAUGUUGUUUUGCCAAAGGCAGCAUAUCUUAACAGCUUACCCAAUGAAGACAAUUGUUCAGCUCCAAGAGUGAAGAUCAUGUACUUGUGACAUCACGCGAUUGAAAAAUCUAACAUUUCAAAUUCUGUCUUAAGAUUGGGUGAUUUCUUGUUGUACCUAUCCAAUUAUGAAAACUCCUUGGUGUGAAAUGGUUGUUAAAAUUUUCCUCUAUUUUGCUGCUGCAUAAAAGAAGUAGUGUAGAUGUUGGAUUCUGUUUGUGUUUCCGUAUGUACCCGUAGUUUUAGAUCCUGUAUUUUGCAAGUUUGUAGAUAAUUCAGCUUGACUGCAAAUUUUUGAAGAAGACGAUGUAAAUAGUUCUAGAAAUGCAAGAUGGAAGAUGUUCAUUGGCCUUUUGUUGUCAAGACAGCAAACUUCAUUGCUAGGUGCUGUUGUUUUUCUCAGAUAUUACCCUAUGAAGUAAACUCUGUCCUAAAGACGGCAAAAGAAAGCCAUCUUCCUAUGAGAAAGAAGUUCUUCAUGUGUGAUUUUUCUACAUUCCAAAGUGGAAUUCCUUCUGUAGCUAUCUCACGUGAAAGUAGCCGUUCAAGUCUGUACGAAGGGAAAAGUUCUCCACGUGCUUUCUUUCGACUGUGAAGUUUUGGUAGUCACUCAAAUGUGCAGGAAAGUUUGGGUCGCCUGUUUAAAUCUUUGCAGGGAAUCUUCCACGCCUUUACUGUCACUGUAUAAAGUAUACACACUUUCAUGACACCCAUGUUGUGUUUGUGCUUUUGCUGAUAAUAUCCAGGUGCUAUGUUUGAUUUUCUUUACCUUUCUGGAAAGAUUUAAACAGGUCAGAUUAUUGCUUUGUUAAAAUAUAUUCCGCAUUUGUAUGAAGACUACCAAUAUUGUACAGGUCUUAUAAAAGUUUUGAAACCAACAGUGCUUCUGUAUGUUGUUGGCUUUUGAAACUGGUGCCCAUUGUCAUGUACCAAUCAAGGACUAUCACAGAUAAUGCUGUACUUUUGAAAAGAGCAUGAUCAUUUCUGUGCGUAUGAAAGCUAUGUAGCCCUGCACAUGAAAUUUCUAAUGGAGACUUUCCCUCAUAAUCACUUUUCUAUUAAAUCUUUAAAAA